AUGCUACCGGAAAUCAUCACCCCAACCGCGGCGAGAGCGCUCAAUGUGCCCAUAUCUGGACGGGUCAUCAACUGUGUCACGACCCUGCCGUACGAAAUCUACCGCGAGGGAGCGACGUACAAAAUUCGACCGCGACGUGGCAACUCGGCCCUCUACUCGGCGCUGGAUUAUAUGCAGUCUGGCGACGGAGACACCACAUGGACAUCGUCGCUGGUGGCGUGGACGGGCGAAAUCGCGCUGCCGGCCGCCACGUCGCUGCCAGACCUGGAGCUGUAUCAGAAGCUCACGGAGCAGGACAAACACAUGCUCGAACGGGAGCUGACCGAGGCGCAGGGCGGCACGCCGACUCACCCGAUCUGGACAGACUCGGGCGACACCGUGUCCACGGGCUACAACGAACAGCUGUCGCCCACCCGCCGCUACGCAGAAAACAUUCUGUGGCCCAUUCUGCACUACAUCCAGGGCGAACCCACCGACGGGCGCGACGAGAAAAAAUGGUGGAGCGACUACGAAGACCUCAACCGCAAGUACUGCGACAAGGUUCUGGACAUCUACAACGAGGGCGACGUCAUCUGGAUCCACGACUACUACCUGUUCCUGUUGCCCAAAAUGAUCCGCGAAAAGCUGCCCGACGCCCGGAUCGGCUUCUUCAUGCAUGCGCCGUUCCCGUCGUCAGAGUACUUUCGGUGUCUGGCAAAGCGCCAGGAGCUGCUGCAGGGCGUGCUGGCGUCGAAUCUCAUUUCCACCCAGAGCGAGGCCCACAAACGGCACUUUAUGAGCGCAUGUUCCCGCAUUGUGGGCGCAGAAACAGCCACGCCAACGUCCGUCUAUGCCUACGGCCAGUCCGUGUCCGUGGUCGCUCUGCCAAUCGGCAUCGACACGGCAAAGGUGGAGGCGGACGCCUUCACUGAUGAAAUAACGGAAAAAGUGCGGGCGAUUCGGCAGCUGUACCCCGACAAGAAGAUCAUUGUGGGCCGAGACCGGCUGGAUUCGGUCCGGGGCGUGGUGCAGAAGUUGUAUGCGUUCGACGUGUUUCUCAAACGGUACCCCGAGUGGCGGGAUCGCGUGGUACUGGUGCAGGUGACGUCACAUACCGCCACAGGCACGCGCAAAGUCGAAAAGAAGGUGGCCGAGCUGGUGUCAUCCAUAAACGGCAGAUAUGGUGCCAUCCACUUUUCGCCAGUGCAUCAUUACACCAAGCACAUUGCUCGCGAGGAGUAUCUGGCUCUGUUGCGAGUGGCGGACCUUUGUCUCAUCACUUCGGUUCGUGAUGGCAUGAACACCACUGCCUUGGAGUUUAUUGUGUGCCAAAACGGCAACAACUCUCCGUUGAUUCUGUCCGAGUUCACGGGAUCGGCCGGAAACCUGCCUGGCGCGAUUCUGGUGAACCCCUGGGACGCUGUUGGGGUUGCAGAGCAGAUCAACCGGACAUUCCGAAUGGGCCAGGACGAGAAGCUGGCGAUCGAGCAACCGCUGUACCAGCGGGUGACCGCCAACACGGUGCAGCACUGGGUGAACCGGUUUGUAUCGCAGGUGAUCAGCAACACCUUCCGAACCGACCAGUCUCAUCUGACGCCGAUUCUCGACAAUCACAAACUUGUGGAGCGGUUCAAGAUGGCCAAAAAGCGAGUGUUUUUGUUUGAUUAUGACGGCACUCUCACGCCCAUUGUGACGGACCCUGCCGCUGCCACUCCUUCAGACGGUCUGAAGCGGGACCUUCGAGCGCUGGCCAAGGACCCCCGGAACGCCAUAUGGAUAAUUUCCGGCCGUGACUCCACGUUCCUGGACAAGUGGCUCGGCGAUAUUGCUGAACUUGGCAUGUCUGCCGAGCAUGGCUGUUUCAUGAAGAAUCCAGGCACCACCGACUGGGAGAACUUGGCAGCCAACUUUGACAUGAGCUGGCAGAAGGACGUGAACGACAUUUUCCAAUACUACACGGAGCGGACACAGGGGUCGCACAUUGAACGCAAGCGUGUGGCUCUGACAUGGCACUACCGACGAGCAGACCCUGAAUUUGGGCUGUUUCAGGCCCGGGAGUGCCGGGCACAUCUGGAGCAGGCGGUGGUGCCCAAGUGGGACGUGGAGGUGAUGAGCGGCAAGGCCAAUCUUGAAGUACGGCCCAAGUCGGUCAACAAGGGUGAGAUUGUCAAACGGCUCAUUUCUGAGUACUCAUCAGAGGGCCGGCCCCCGCAGUUUGUCCUGUGUAUGGGUGACGACCAGACGGACGAGGACAUGUUCAAGGCUCUCAAGGAUGUACCUGAUUUGGACAGCGAGAGCAUUUUCCCCGUAAUGAUUGGGCCUCCGGAGAAGAAGACCACCGCCAGCUGGCACCUGCUGGAGCCCAAGGGCGUCCUGGAGACGUUGAAUGAGCUGGCCAAGUUGGAGGGCGAGAGUAAGAUGUAG